UGAAAAUUCCCCGGGAAAUCUGAGUUUCGCGGGAGGGCUCUUGAGCGCGUAAACCGUAUCCCUUCAUUCAUCAGGCCGUUUCCUGAAGCCAUUUCUAGUCGGUGGAAACGAGAGUUGCGCUACUUUUAAAUCCGUUGCAUCUGCCUAAAUGCACCUUUCUAAGGAAAAUUUAUUUUUAAAAGUCGAUCAUUUAGACGUUCAUCUACACUUUGGUGUGAUUAUUUUUGUAACCAUUGCGACGGAUUAGCGGCCGCACGGGCUUAAAAGUUGAGAGACGAGAGAGGGGUUACCCUGCAUACGCAAGAUGAGAAGAGGGAUCUCCUCGGCUCCGGACAAAGUGAUUUUAGCAGAGGUCGCGGGUUCUCCUCUGGACAGUAAUAUAAUUUUAACAGCUCUUACGGAUCGUUUGAACGCCGGUCAAUCCAACGCUACGUAUAUCCAAAUAAUAACCACCCCACCGCCUUGCAACGUUACACAGACACCAAAUGUGUGUUUAUCCGAGCCUCAGGUUAACAACAUUUACACAACUCCACAACAAGCCGCGGCAAACGGAGCAGGACAACGGCCAGCUCUGGGGAGACCACCGGCAAAGAGGCGGUUGGCUCUCGAUGAUUCAGACCACCAGUACCAGUCAGAACCAGCCAGAACACCACGUGGUAGAGGAGGAGCCCCGGCGGCCAACGGGACACGGAUAAAGACCCCCAGAACACCAAAGUCUCCACCAGAAAAGACUCGCUAUGACACUUCCUUGGGCUUGCUAACAAAGAAGUUUGUGGACCUGCUUGCUCAGUCGUCUGAUGGUGUUUUGGACCUAAACCUUGCAGCUGAGACCUUACAGGUACAAAAACGGAGGCUCUACGAUAUUACUAAUGUACUAGAAGGUAUUCAUCUGAUCAAGAAGAAAUCCAAAAACAACAUUCAGUGGAUGGGCUGCAGUCUGCUGGAGGUUGAAGGGGCUCUGAGCCAGAGACAAAGACUGACAGCAGAAGUUUCUGCUCUCGGCGAAGAGGAGCAACGACUCGAGCAACUCAUCCAGAGAUGCACCCAGGAUAUGAGGCACAUGAGCGAGUUGCCCAUCAACCAAAAAUAUGCUUAUGUGUCGUAUCAAGACAUCAAACAGGUUGGGAGCCUGAGAGACCAAACUGUGAUUGUCAUCAAGGCGCCUACAGACACCAAGCUGGAGGUCCCAGACCCUGAUGAGAGUUUAUCCAUCCACCUGACCAGCACCAAAGGCCCAAUAGAAGUCCUGCUGUGCACUGAAGAGAACGACAUCAGAAGUCCUGUGAAAAACGGCGGCGCAGACAUCAACGGGAACUCACCCUUCCUUAAAGUUGUUCAAGAUAUCAACUGCAUGACGUCUCCCAGCACCUUCCUGUCUCCAGCAGCCUCCUCUUCCAACGCCGUAUCUGUCACCACCCUCUCCCCCAUCUCGUCCCCUUACACCAGUCUACUGCAGCAGACGGAAGACCAGAUCCCAUCAUCCUUAGGCCCUUUCUUGAACCUUGAACCCCCCAUUCUGGAACAAGACGAAUACUUGUUGGGUCUGGAGGACGACCAGGGAAUAAGCGACUUAUUUGACGCUUGUGACUUUGACAAAAUGCCCUCGCUCGGCUUGGACGACCUUCUGUGCAGCUAGCAUUGGCUUAAACAAAACAAAAAAAAAAGAAAAAAAAUGGAGAUGAUACACAGGGAGCUGAGCGCCAUGUUUUCCAUGAUGUUUCCCUGCUGUUUUACACAUGUGGUAGAAUGUCUGAGGAAAGGAGAGCAUUCUUUUAGUUUGUGACAGUUUAUGUCACUGAAAACAACUGUUUUCCACUCCCCCACAUCACUCGGCGUUGCACAGGUUUAGAUUUGGCAUGGCAGAAUGAUCACUCAAAAUAAAAUAUGAAGAGCAGGAAAACCUCUGUAGGUGUCUCUACUUCAAAAUAAUCGUUUUUGUGCAAAAACGAUCAGCUGUUCUGUGCUCCUGCCAUGUGCUGUGGAGAAGAAUUGUUUUAAUCUGGUUACACCAAUGAUCUGUGAUUGAAGGCUUAUUCUGUUAUUUGCUUAUUAUUAGGCUUAUUUGUGUGCAAAAUGUAGAAAAAAAAAAUACUACAAAAUGUAAAAAAAUAUAUAUGAAAAAAAGAAAACUGUUUAGCACGCAUUGUUUAUGAAUGCAGGUAAUGAACGGUUAUGUUUGGAGGGCAGAGGUUUCAGAAAAACACCACACAAGAGUAAAUUAUAGAUGUGUGCUUUAAAUUAUUAGAUUUUUAUUUGAAGCACAGAUAGUCGAUGCUCUUUAACCACAAAAGUGGCCAUUUUUUAGUGGAUUAGUCCUAAAAGUCAAAACUUCUGUGCAAUGAUGGAGGAAGUUUGCUUAGUUUAUAGCAGAAAAAAGCCAUCUUCCCCCUCUCCUGAUGAUGUAUGAACAUCCUCUCAUACUUUCAUAAUUAAGGCCUGUUGCCAUGACGUCACUUUGCGUAAUGCUGCGAAGAAGUGUGCCCCUUUUGUUUUUACAUUUGUUUGAAAUUAAAGGCAUUUUAUAAUCUUAAGCUAAAACGAAGGAUAGCCGCUAAAAGAGACUUUUAAUUUAAGUACGAGUUAUUUUGAGAAUUUAAGGGGUUUUGUAAAAGAAGGUGAGGGUGUAACACGUCACAGGUAAUUUUUCUGCUGCUAGUAACUUUUACCCAACUCAAUUGGUGUGCGCUUGAGCUGUUUGUGUGUAUGUGUGUGAGGGCGUGAAGGGUGACUAAGUUAUAUCAGCUCCAGCUUGCAGAGUCAGCCAGCCUGUAAGUUGAUGUACAGUUUUUUUUAUUUUUCCAAUGCACAUGGUACUAUAGGCUACCUCUCACUAAAUGUUUAGCAGCAGUUAGUGUGUACAGGUCAAUGCCAUUAGGAGAGACUCUCAAGCCCCUCCCCCUUUUUUCAUAGAUUGUGCUUAUUAUUACCUGUGAUGUUAGGAUUUACACCCAAGUGUAAGAAAGAGCAUGUAAACCCCUAGUCACAUUGUUUUAUUUGAUUUAUUAUUUUUGGGAAGGAUGGCAAAAAUCUAAUGUGUUGCAAUUAGUUCCUAAGAAAUUUCAUUUUUUUUUGUCUGCGCAGAUGCAAUUUUUUUUAUGUUUCUAAAAACAAGCUAAAAUGUGUCUAAAAAAAUCUAAUUUUGUUCAUUAAAAGGACCCUAUUAUUUCAUGGAGCAAGAACCAGUUAAACAAAAUUUAGUGUCCUCGUUUAUGGUCGUUUUCUUUCCCCCCUUACAAACAUAACGUGUGUUUUUUAGGUUUAAGAUGCAUUUUUUCCCCCUGUCUUGUUCUUAGACUUCAGUGCCACGCUUCACCACUUGUGUAGACACAACUCUCUGCCCUUUAUUUCAAGCAACCAGAAUCUUAUUGAAAUAUUUUUGGGGUGGAAAUGGGAAUUUUUGGAACGAUUGUACUGUUUUUUCACAGAUUUUCAAUGGAAUGUUUAAAUUUUUUAAUACACCACUAAAGCUAGUGUUUUAUAUCAUGAGUGAGUUGAUGUUUCUGCUUGUUUUUCUAUUGUAUGACUGUUGCAAGGAGCUUUGUGGCGGUGAAAGAAGACUCCCGGGCUUUUGUUGUGGAGUUUGCAUGCAUUUCCUGGGUACUCAGGCUUCCUCUCGCAGUCCACAAGCGUGUGUGAUAAAGUUGAUUGUGUAGUCAGAGUUGUGAGCGUGUGUGGUUGUUGGUCUCUGUGUGGCCUUCUGAUGGAUUUGGUGUCAGUGACGGCUGGAAUCUGCUGUCCUGCUGAACACUUAGGUGGCUAUAGAAUAAAAUGUUUAUAUUUGGGCUUUAGAACUUGCAUAAACUCAGUAUUAGGCUAAACUCAAUUAUGUGUAAUUUGAACUGAAAUAGCUUUGACGAAAACCUGUACCAAGCC